AUGGUGUAUACAUCUACCCUCCUCUCCUUGCUUGCCUUGUCCACAGGGACGUGGGCGAGCUACAAUGCGAACUUGAACUAUCGCAGCCCUUCGACCCGCCACACGGGCAUGGGGAUCAACAUCGACUCCGUCCACCGUCGUAGUCUCGCAAAACGUGAUGAAGCCCCCUUCCACCCCUCGCAAUUGAACUUCACCCAUGGUGUAGCAUCAGGUGACCCCUACGCGGACAGUGUGAUCCUCUGGACUCGUGUUGCUCCAUCCCUGGAGGCCGACAGAAGCAAUGUGACUGUGUCGGGGACCGUGGGGUUGUACAACCAUGAUACGGAACCGUAUAUCAAGGCCUCGGCGCAUCCUAUCUGUGUCGAUUAUCAGGUGUAUGAGGAUAAAGAGGGCCAAAGGGUGGUUGAUAAAGGAAGGGCUUAUACUACCAGUGAUAUCGACUAUACUCUCAAGGUAGAAGCCAGCGGACUCAAGCCGUUCACGACAUACUGGUACCAAUUCCAGAUUUGUAACUCGAAUGUCACCAGUCCGCUUGGAAGGACCAAGACCGCCCCGGGCGCGAUGAUGCUACUGAGGAAAUUAAUCUGGCUGUGUAUUCUUGCAGCAAUUACCGUAUGUGCGCACUUCUCUCUGGUGUUGUCGGAGCUAACCAAACUAGCGAGUGGGUAUUUCAACGCAUACGGAAAUGCCGUCCGCAAGGACAGCGUCGACUAUGUGCUUCAUCUCGGAGAUUAUAUUUAUGAAUAUGAGAAGGGCGUAGUCGGACAGGACGAGCGAGCUGCCCGUCCGCAGGCAGAUAUCUUCUCUCUCUAUGAUUAUCGGACUCGACUUGGACAAUAUCGCACCGAUCUUGACCUUGCCGCAUCCCAUCAGAACUUUGCCUGGAUUCCUAUCUGGGAUGACCACGAAAUUGCCGACAACGGCUACAGAGAUGGCUUCAGCCGUCUUAACAAUACCGAAGAGUCGUUCCGCAAUGACAGCCCUCAAAUCAGCGUCGACCAGCGCAAGAUGAACGCCGUCCGGGCGUACUUCGAGUGGAUGCCUCUUCGUCAGGUCGACAUGGAUGACGGCCUCCGCAUUUGGCGCUCCUUCAAGAUGGGAAACCUCUUUGAUUUGAUCAUGUUGGAUACACGCAAUUACGAUCGCAGCAUUACUGACCUUUACUGGAAUACGGACUAUAUCGAAGAGAUCCACAACGACGCCGGCCGGACCUUGAUGGGAGGUCGUCAGGAGUCGUGGUUCGAGAAGCAGCUGACAGCGUCUAAUCAGCGCGGAGCGAAGUGGCGUAUUAUCGGGAGUCAGCUCCGGUUUGCUCGUCUGGGACGGGAGACUAACGGCGAGGUCACUUAUAACUUGGAUUCCUGGGAGGGUUACCGCGCGAACCAAAACCGGACCCUGAAGCACCUGUACGAUAACAACAUCGGCAACAACAUUAUGAUCGCGGGUGAUACGCAUGUCAACUGGGUGAGCGACAUUGCCUGGAUCGGCGAGAAGCCGUAUGACGGCAGCACCGGUGCCGGUGCCAUCGGAGUCGAAUUUGCUGGCACAGCGGUGAGCAGCUCUGGGUUCGGGGGUACUAUCAACAGCGCCGAGCAGACUGCUGCUUCCUACGCGCGCAACGAGGAUCUGCAGUGGAAUGAAGGCUACUACCGCGGGUACUUUGAGCUGCGGAUGAGACCGAGCGAGGUGGAGGCCAAAUACUUUGGUUGUCCUACUGUGGCUACCCGGAAUAGCUGGGAAAUUCCCCUGGCCAACUUCACGGUCAAGCAUGACGAUAACCAUCUGGCUCGGCCGAUUGCUGGUGGACAGGUGGAAGCGGGUUUUGUCCAUCAGGGCGAGGUGAAGCACAGCAAUCUUACCCUUAACACUGAGACGGGCGAGUGGCAGGUCAUUGGGUUUGACCAGAUGUUUAUCAAGUAUCAGUAG